GGAGAGAACGAUAUCAAGCCUUGCAUCAAGUACAGCCUCGAGCUCAGACUCAUCCCUCUGCUAGCCAACAGCCCCAAGCGUCAAGGCCACCGCAAGAGUCUCCCUGUUUCAUCGUUUCCAGCCCGACAGCACUUUCAACCUCAAUCAGCUCAGUCGCCUUCUUCGCUUCUCUUUCGUCAUAAUGCAGGCUAUCAAAUGUGUUGUAGUUGGGGAUGGUGCAGUUGGCAAGACAUGUCUCCUCAUUUCCUACACAACCAAUGCGUUCCCGGGAGAAUACAUCCCAACAGUCUUUGAUAACUAUUCUGCUAAUGUUAUGGUCGACGGCAAAACUAUUUCACUCGGGCUCUGGGAUACAGCUGGGCAAGAAGAUUAUGACCGACUCCGUCCGCUGUCUUACCCGCAAACAGAUGUCUUCCUCAUAUGCUUCAGUCUGGUCAGCCCCCCCAGUUAUGAGAACGUGAGAACUAAGUGGUGGCCCGAGAUAUCGCAUCAUGCACCGUCGACAUCAGUUGUUCUGGUCGGUACAAAGCUUGACUUGCGCGAGGAUCCUGCAACCAUCGAGAAGUUGCGUGACCGUCGCAUGCAACCCAUCUCCUACUCGCAGGGAGUUUCUAUGUCCAAAGACAUCGGUGCAGUCAAAUAUCUUGAGUGCUCUGCUCUUACGCAGAAGGGUUUGAAGACAGUUUUCGACGAGGCCAUCCGCGCAGUUUUGAAUCCUCCUCCGAAGAAAGAUACGGGGAAGCGAGGGAGCAAGUGCAUUAUUGCAUAAGCGGGCGAGCUCAGUGAACUUCAUUCACUAUCCUUUACGCGUCGUCCGACAUAUAGAUGGACGUGUUGUCUUGUUAUAUCAGAUUCAUUUACGCUGCUUUUCUUAUGACCCGCACGACCUCCGCCGGCUAGAGACGGUUUCCGCGUUACGUCUUUUACUGUUCUCAUCGUACUUGUUUAGGGCCCGGAAAUUGCUCCGGAUGAAUUACCUCGCUUAUUUUUAAGCUCGAGUUCACACAAUAGAGAAUGUUAGCGUUGGCGCAUUUUACACGAAGUAGGGUCCCUACUGAAUGGGAGUCACUCC